UCAUUAAGUUUAUCGUUAAUAAAUGUUAUUUCUGUGUUCUGUGAAAUCUUGAAGUUUUGAUUGCAAAUUUUAAUGCUCUCCCAACCUGUUUCCUGAAAACGAAAUAAACAUGAGAAAUUAUGACUCAUGAAGAGACACCAUAAUCACAAUGUGAGAAAUAUACAUACAUUUAUGCAGAUUCUUCAUUAUUUUAUUUCUUUAAAUGUAAUACAUGGCUCUAAUAUUUGGUGGCAACACUUUAAAAAGUAAAUCAAUGCAAAAUGCCAAAACGAUAUUAAUAGUCCAUCUGGGCAAAUUGCCCUUUUGGACUAAAAAUCUGAAUACAUUUGUGUACUUCGAGCUAUGUAAAGAUAAUCGGUACUGUUCUUGUUAUUGGGUAUGGAAUCAGAAAUGUAUGAAGAUGUGUUUAUAUGUAUGUGCAUAUAUCUGUAUACAUGCAAAUACAUUCAUACUUGCAUAUAUACAUGACCUCAUACAUGCAUACAUACAUACAUACAUACAUAUAUUUCUGAACCCUGUCCUGAUAAUAGAACAGUGCCAACCUUGAAGUAUAUGAAAAUUCUUCCCCUAUAUCUAAAUUUAAAUUAUUAAAAUUUACAAGUUUGAAAAUUAUUGAAAUUUUUAUAAGGACUUUCCAGUUAUAGAAAAAAAAAAAAAAAAAAAAAAAAAAAAAAAAAAAAAAAAAAAAAAAUGUGGUUUUAGUCUAUUUUUUUAAUUUAAAACUGCAAAUUAAAAUACUGAAAAGUGACGUUUAUGUGUAAUGUUGCUAUAAUUUUAAAUCAGUAAAAUUUCAUUAACUUUUAAGCAUUUUUAGUUAUAAAAGUUUAAUUUAUGCAUAUACUUAAUGUAUUGAAUAUUACUUAAUAAUUUUGUAUGUUCUUUGAUACAUUGCUAAUUCCAUUAUGAUUUUGUAAUUUCAAAGACUUACAAUUUUCAGAGUUAUCAUUGGAUUAAAUUGUUUAUUUAACUUCCUGUUCUACUGAGUUUAAAGUAGUUUAUAUACAAUAUCAAGAAAUUGAUUUUAUUAUUCUGAAUAGUACUUUAACAUCCGUAGGAGGAAAUGUUAAAGAAUGCCUGAAACAUCUGUUCAUGUUUUUGGAUUAUCCUUCAAACGGACAAAAUAUUCAAGCAUGGAAGUUGUUAGGAAGACUAUUACAUCUAAUUGUGUCCAGUAGGUUUAUUUGUUACAGUAAUAGUAGUAAGCAGAAUCUUGUUGAACCAUACUGGAAAAGCAGAUGCAAAUCCUGGAAUGUGAUCCAUUUUAAUUUAGCCCAAAUUUGUCAAAACGAAGAGGAUCUAGAACUUGUUGCAUGUAAAGUAACAGUGCUUUCAAACCUUGAACAUGAUAAUAUAUUUACUAAAGAAGUGUUACAGCAAUUGCCAUGUGUUAAAGAAUUCUUAUACACACAGAAUAGUCAAAAUCAGCAGUUUACUACAGCAUUAAAUUUAAAUUGAUUUAUGUAAAUGAUGUAUAAUUUUAUUUUAUUUUAUUUAAGUAAUGUAUAUACUUGUUAAUAUUCAUCAUUAGCAAUAAAACUAAUUUAUAAAGUUUU